AUGACCGACACCCCACGAUCCGAGACCCAAACGAGGUUCAGCACCCCCGUGUCGGACCUCGACGACCACCGCUACCAGCCAUUAUCGCUGCCACGCGCCGAACCCACCUCGCCUGCCCGCUCGCGCCGGCCCACGUUUGCUAGCGCCCACGGCCAAGAGCACCCCAAUGUGCUCCUUCAAGUCAACCAAGCCCUGGAGGCUGACAUUACCCGUCGCGACUUUGAAAGCGCCGUUGUAGACGACGACCAGCUCCUGUCCCCCGAUGCCUACGUCCGCCGCGGGUCGCUAGCCCACAGCCCCCAGACCCGACGGGACACGUUUCGACGCCCUCGCGACCCCGCCGUCGAGCGCCUGUCUAGGAGCAGGGCCUCGUCGACCAGUUCGCGCUCGGUGUCCCCUCCCAACUCGGUCGACGCAUUCGCCGGGCCCCGGCGCCGUGACCGAGCCAACACACUUCAGAGCCAUGCCGACUCGGACGUCGACCUAGCAUUGCACAGAACCAUGUCCCGCGGCACAGUGCGUCGCCCAAACAUCAGCGACGAGCGGCCCGACGAGUUGCACAACGCAGACGUAGCAUCCACACACAGCUCAGCCGAGGAGGACGUCUGCUUCCCGGUCCAGGAGGAUACAGGCAAGACGACCAGGUUCGACUAUGAAGAGCUGGAGGAAUUCGUCGCAGAAUGCCACGAAAAGACCCCCAUUGUCCAGCCGCUCCGCCACAAGUCGAGCGUACUCUCGCGCAUCUCGGCAAAGCCCAGGGUGUUUCCCGAUCUGCGGCCCAAGUCGAGCCAAUCCGGCACACCCAACCACCAUGGCGACACGGCCGACUCCAAGGCCGCCGACCCUGCGGUCCAAGAAAAACUGGCUGAAGAAGGCCUGUCGCAUGUCUUCGCCGACAAGCAGGCGCCCGAAGCCAAGGUCAACCGAUGGACCUUUUUCUCGUCUGAGAUGGACGACACCAUCCACGCGGCCGAACUCGGCGGCCUCCUUAUGCCUGGCGAGCGCUUCCGCGAUCUGUUUGACACGCCAUCGGACGGCGGUGUCUGGUGGCUCGACAUGGUGAACCCGACGGAAGAGGAGGUUUUUGCCGUUUCCAAGGCGUUUGGCGUGCAUCCCCUUACCCGCGAAGAUAUCUGCAUCCAGGAGCCGCGCGAAAAGGUGGAGUUGUUCCACCAAUACUACUUUGUCUCGUUCCGCUCCUUCUACCAAGCCGACAAGGAGUCUGACCAAUACUUGGAGCCCGUCAACUUUUAUGCCGUGGUAUUCAAAGAGGGCAUUCUGACGUUUACAUUCUGCGAGAGCCCGCACACGCUCAACGUGCGCAAGCGCAUCAGCCGGCUCCGCGACUACAUCAACCUGAACGCCGACUGGAUCUGCUACGCCCUCAUCGACGAUAUUGUGGACAGUUUCGCGCCCGUGAUCCGCGGGAUCGAAGACGAAGCGGAUGCCAUUGAGGACCAGGUGUUUACAGCGCGCAUUGAAGACUCGCGCGCCAUCCUGCACUCGAUUGGCGACUGCCGCAAGCGCGUCAUGCAGCUUCUGCGUCUCCUGGGAGGCAAGGCUGAUGUCAUCAAGGGCUUCGCCAAGCGGUGCAACGAGUCGUACAGCGUGGCUCCGCGCGGCGAUGUGGGCAUGUAUCUCAGCGAUAUCCAGGACCACGUGGUGACGAUGAUGUCCAACUUGGCGCAUUUCGAGAAGAUGCUCAGCCGAGCGCACUCCAACUACCUGGCGCAGAUCUCCGUCGACCAAGUCAUCCAGGGUAACAAUAGCAACGCUACGCUCCAAAAGGUGACGGUGAUUGCCACGAUCCUCGUUCCGCUCAACUUGAUCUGCGGUCUGUUUGGUAUGAACGUCAAGGUACCGGGUCAAGACGGCAGCCUGGCUUGGUUCUUUGGUAUCAUUGGCGUCAUCUGCCUCUUUGUUUCCGUGUGCCUGGGUGUUGCAAAGAGGAUGCGAUUCAUCUGA